AUGCUAACUACCUCGUGGACUCUUCGUGCUGCAGGUACAGUGUUCGUACCUUUUACCGGGGUAGACCACCAUAAACGCUGCAUUACGUUCGCUUGCGGGUUGCUAACUCGAGAAGACACUGAGUCAUACGUAUGGGUUCUCGAGAGAUUUAAAGCUGCAAUGGGAAAGAGCCCGUUGUGUGUUGUAACUGAUCAAGACCCGGCUAUGAAGAGUGCUAUUGCACAGAUAUUGCUGAAGUGCUGGCAGCGUUACUGCAUGUGGCAUAUCAUGACCAAAGUGAGCGAGAAAUCAGGGGUUGAAUUAUCAAAAGAUCAGACUUUCCGAACCCAGCUUAACAACGUUGUGUGGAAUGAGACCAUUGGCAUUAGUGAUUUUGAAACGCAAUGGCAGUCGUUAAUGGAAAAGUACAACUUAACGGGGCAUCGAUGGUUCACCAAGUUAUACACAGAACGGGCGUUUUGGAUUCCAUCUUAUUUUUUAGAUUUACCCAUGAGCGGUGUGCUACGUACCACAUCGCAUUCAGAAUCAGAGAAUAGCGCGUACGGUAAAAGCACACGCCCACAUUGUAGCCUGGUCGAGUUUUAUGUGCAAUACGAGAGCGUCCUGGAAACGCAACGGCAUAGACAAAGCAAACUAAAUGCUGAGAGUGAGGGGUCAUUGCCUGAGUUCAGAACUCCUUUAGCAUUGGAGCGACACAUCGCGCAGGAAUUCACCCUAACAGUGUUUUAUGAGCUCCAGCUAGAGAUUGAGGCUGCAUGUUUUUAUUGUAAGGUUGUGGGGAUCCGUGCAGAUGGUGAGUGCAUCCGUUACGACAUUAAAGGGGAGUACAACGUUGUCCACACUGUUGGGGUUAGUUUGCUGGCAUAUGUUUCAUGUGUUCAAAGAUGCUGA